AUGAUAGAAAUGCACGGUCGUGUGAAGGUGAAGACAACAGCUGAAAAAGAGGCAGAAAAAGAGAAGGAACGAAAAGAGAGAUUGAUUCAGUAUACCAGGUUGCUUGAUGAAGUCAAAGACAAGAGGAAGAACAAGGAAUGCUUUCAAGAAGUUCUGGAUGCAUCAAAGCAAGUUCUUCUCUGCAAUCCAGACUUUGGUACCAUGUGGAAUGUUCGUAAAGAAGCCCUGCUUCAGAUGGAGGUCAGUCAGGAUCAGGAUGCAUUCCAGAAACAAUGUCUUGUUGAGCUCAAGUUGGCAGCAGACUGCUUGAAAUGCAAUCCAAAGUCAUAUGGUGCAUGGCAUCAUCGAAUUUGGAUCAUGGAAAGAAUGCCUUGUCCUGAUUGGGCAUUUGAAUUAGAUCUAACUCAGAAAGCACUUGGACUUGAUUCUAGGAAUUUUCACUGUUGGGAUUAUCGCAGAUACAUUGUGAAGAAGUUUGGACAAGAUCUUCACAAGGAAUUGAAUUAUACCAGUGAGCUCAUAUUGGAAAAUUUCUCUAAUUAUUCAGCAUGGCAUUAUAGGUCCCAUUUGCUGCCUGAACUGUGUCCAGAUCCCAAUGGCACUUGGCUCCUCAGUGAAGAAAAACGUCUUGAGGAAUUGGAAUUGAUACAAAAUGCUGCUUUCACUGAUCCUGAGGACCAGAGUGCUUGGCUGUACCAUAAGAGUGAGAAAGUUCUUGCUGCACUGACAUCCCAGCUACAGUCAUGUCAAGAGCUCAUAGAGCUUGAACCAGAAAGUAAAUGGCCCCUUCUCACAUCUGUCAAUUUGAUGAGAGCCAUCGAUCCCCUACAGUAUAAAGAUGAAGUCAAUAUGGUUUUGCAGAAACUCAAGUCUGUUGACAGCCAGAGGGACAAUUUCUAUACAGAUUUGAAGAGCAAGUUUCUAAUAGAAAACCAUCUUCAACAAGUGAACUGGCAUGCAGGCUCCAUAUCAUUUAGUGAGAUGAGUCUGUCAACCAUUUACUGCGCAGAUUCCUUGCUUCUGUUUCGAGUAGUGGAUCUCUCUUACAAUGAACUCAAGAGUGUUUCUCCACUGGCUGCCCUUCAAUGUUGUGAAUCCCUUAAUUUGCAGCACAAUUGUUUAACUUCCUGCCAUGGACUGGAAUGCUUACCAUUCCUGAAGGAGCUCAACAUAGCUGAAAACCUGAUUGAUGAUGUGAACCCACUGAAAGAAUGCCUCAAUCUGAAAAUGCUGAAGAUUGCUGGGAAUCCAGUGGCUCUUAAGGUAGAAGAGCUGGGAGACUCACUGAAAGCUAUUGUGAUCUAG